CUGUAAAACGUGCCCGUUCCUGCACGGUGACCCCCGCGGCCCUCCGACUCGGACCCUCCGCCGCCCGCCUUGUCAGAAAGGCGAGUCACUCGGCCUGCCCCCAAAACGCAGGGCCUUUUAAAACCCGAGAGACGUCCGCCCUCGCCGCAGCCCGCCGCUCCGAUUCUGACGAUUUGAUCUCUCUUUUCUGUCUUCGCGGGCUUCUUCUGUCUGGACCGGAUAUCUACCAUCGCACUAGACCGUCUUACCUCGAAAUCACCGACACUCCCUCGUUUCUGUUACACGAAGCAUUAUCGUCACGAGGCCAGUUUCCCACCGACGCCGCCGCCGCCGCCGCUCUCGCUCGACGCGGUUUGCUUUGUCUUUCCCCCCAAAUACCAGCAUUUUACUCGAUUCCCAUCCCCUUCACCGACUUCAUAAUGACUGCUCAGAACGGCACCGAGGAUGCCCCUCGCACCAAGAUCUGCGUCUUCUGCGGUUCUGCGGGCGGCAACAACCCCGCGUACCUCGAGGCUGCGCGCACACUCGGCAAGGCCCUGGCCGAGAAGAACAUUGACCUAGUGUACGGAGGUGGCACGGUCGGCCUCAUGGGCGAAGUUGCCAAGACUGUCUGCGCCAUCAACGGACCCAAGUCUGUCCACGGCAUUAUCCCUGCCGCUCUCGCCAAGUUUGAGCGCGAUGACACAUACCAGGACGUCAACGCCAACAACCUCUUCAUCCCCGAGACGUCCAAGUACGGCCACACCACAGUCGUCGAUGACAUGCACACCCGAAAGCGCCUCAUGGCCGAGGAAGUCCUGAACGGCGGCCCUGGCAGUGGCUUCAUCGUCCUCCCUGGCGGUUACGGCACCAUGGAGGAGCUCUUUGAAGUCGUUACCUGGAACCAGCUUGGCAUUCACGACCGCGGCGUCUGCCUUCUCAAUAUUGAGGGCUACUGGGACGGUAUCCUUUCGUGGAUCGAGACUUCUGGCAAGGAGGGCUUCGUUCGAUCUGCGAACAAGGACAUUAUUGUCACAGCCAGCGAUGCUGAGGGUGCUAUUGCUGCUCUCCAGGACUACAAGGUUUCCGAGGGAACCUACAAGCUCGACUGGAAGAAGCAGUAGGUAGACGCUAUACACCAUGAUUUACUAAACGCAAAAGGAAUAAACGAAACAAACUACAAAAAAAUUAGAAAUAAUUAUAGAAUUUUGUAUAGAUGAGAAAAAAAAUUGGAAAUGCUCUUUAAAAUUCAAACUUCUGUCCCGUGGCAGUGAUGUAGAGUGAAUGUAGUGGUUUUCAUUGUUUUUUAUUCAAAGGCGUUGUACUGUAACCUUUGUUUGCAUAUCGCCACUUUUAUUUUAUGCGGCAAAUAAUUGUACAUGAUCUAGUCAUUUCUCUUUCUUUCAUUUGCAAAGCUGGCACUAACCGCUUCAUUUUUGCCAGUGCCCGUAGCUUAGUUGUCAACCUCCAUGUCGUUACCAGCCUCGCCCUCACCCUGCUCGCCAAUCAGGUCGAUCCACUCCUUUGCCUCGUAUUCUUCAUACAGCUUGAACUGCUCGAUGCCCUUCUUGCCUUCAGUCUUAGCGCCGGCCAGACCAAUCGAGACGUUCUCUACUGUAAGCUCCUUAUCCUGCGGCAAGCUUUCACGCAGCGCCUUGAGGCCGUGCUUGACGAGCUCUUCUCUUGAGCAGUCGGCAAACUCAUCGAUAUUACGUUCGAGGUAUGUUCUGGCCAUUUGGCUUCGGGCGCCAAUAGCAAAGGCAACCAUCUCUUCCGUCAUGCCCGAGGGCUGGAAGUCGAACAGAUGGGGGCCGGUCUCGUCGACACCGCAAAUCAGCAGUCCAACACCGUAGGGACGCUUGCCGUAGACUUGCGU